AGACGAUCAUUCCCACCCUGGAGUAAUUUUUCAAUGGUUGAGUCUGUACGGUUCUCAUCGUCUGUAUAAGGACAGCCCACAGACCGGCUUUACUCACAUCUGAUACAGAACCUCCGAGAACAUGUCUGAAGUAGCCCCUGCACCCGCUGUUGCCGCCUCCCCGGCGAAAGCCACCAAGAAGAAGCCCGCUGCCCGACCGAAGAGGGUCGGCCCCAGUGUGAGCGACCUGAUCGUGAAAGCCGUGGCUGCGUCCAAAGAGCGAAGCGGAGUUUCUCUGCCAGCGCUCAAGAAGACUCUGGCUGCCGACGGCUACGACGUGGAGAAGAACAAUUCCCGGGUCAAGGCCGCCGUGAGGAGCUUGGUGUCCAAGGGAACCCUGCUCCAGGCCAAGGGCACCGGAGCGUCCGGAUCCUUCAAGAUCAGCAAGGAGGCAAAGAAACCCGCCGCUGCCAAGAAGGCCGCCGCCCCAAAGGCUAAGAAGCCCGCAGCCAAGAAACCCGCCGCGGCUAAGAAGGCAGUCACCCCGAAGAAAGUCAAGAAGACCCCAACCAAGAAGCCGGCAUCCGCUAAGAAAGCGACCCCGAAGAAGGCAAAGAAGCCUGCCGCGGCUAAGAAAGUUGUGGCCAAGGUUACAAAGAAAACCGUCAAAAGCCCCAAAAAAGCUCCCAAGCCUGUUGCCAAGAAGCCUCCGGCACAGAAGGCAGCAAAGCCCAAAGCAGCCAAGAAGGCCGCUCCAAAGAAGAAGUAAACUCUCUAUGUCAAGUUGAAUUCCCCCAAAGGCCCUUUUCAGAGCCACCUACACGACUUUAGGAGCAUAUUCCGAAUACACUUCUCGACAUGUAUAGUUUCUUUAGUCGCCCAUAUUGUAUCACAACGAAUGAGUGACUGCCGUGUUGCAAAUGGUCCAAUAUUUGAUCUAAUCCAUUUAUUUAUACGCGAUAUAAGAGCUUAGGUGGGUUAAAGCCUCAAAGCAUCUCAACAAACCAACAUGAGCUGUCCAUCACGUAGCUAUAAACCUAGGCUAUUCAGUUUCAGUCUUAUAGAGUAGGCUAUUCAUUAUAAUACAAUGCACAACUGUUUUGAGGUUCCAAGACAACUAUCUUC